AUGUAUGUGAAAUGGGUUGAUACAGGAAUGUUAUACGAUGUGAUUUUAGUGAAUGUCACUUUUUGUCAUUUUCAAAUUUCCCGCUGUUCUGUCCCCUGUACGUCCCGACGCUCGCAGGGGACAGAACUCAGAAGACAGAUGCCGGCAUUGGCCGGAGGAUAUUACAGGGGACACUGCAGGGGGGACAUUGCGGGAGCGCAGGACAAGGUAAGAGAAGAAGAGAUCCCGGAGCAGCGCCGCAUGGUAAGCCCGAGUGUAGCUCGGGGGGGUUACCACUUGUGCUACACUCGGGAAUACGCCAGGGAGGCU